CCUCCGAGAAUAGCACGCGGAGGACGAAGUUCUGCGAGGAGAGAGGCUUAGAGCAGUCUGGGAAGUGUAGUCCAGCUUGUAGAGCAGACGAUUCGGGGUGGGUGCCGAGGUUCCGGGAAGGAGUUGAACAGGCCUGCAAAGAGACUGCGACUAUACCUUUUAAAUCUAUAGCUGCUGCACAAGAAAUGUUUGUUUCAUGAAUGACCUAUCCAUCUGGGACCUAUUUAGACCCUGAGGAUAACUGUGAAUUGCCAGUAGUUCACUGGGUCUUCCCUUAGUGUUGAUUUCAUUAUGCUGCGACGAAAACCAACCCGUCUGGAGCUGAAGCUUGAUGACAUUGAGGAGUUUGAGAGCAUUCGAAAGGACCUAGAGACCCGUAAGAAACAAAAGGAAGAUGUUGAUGUUGUAGGAAUCAGUGAUGGAGAAGGUGCCAUUGGGCUUAGCAGUGACCCCAAGAGCCGAGAACAGAUGAUUAAUGAUCGAAUUGGUUAUAAGCCCCAGCCUAAGCCCAACAACCGUUCAUCUCAAUUUGGAAGUUUUGAAUUUUAGAGGUGAUUAUCUUGCGUGCCAGAGCCUGGAAUGGAGUAAAAUAAUGGCAGAAGUACAAACAAGAUUUAGAGAAUUGAGUGUUUGCAGUCAAGCAGAAUGUUUUGCCUCCUGCAGAGAGAAAUACUUCCGUGUGAGAUUACUGAUGCUUAACUUUCACUUUAAGCUGAAAUUCAAACUCUGCUUUGUCUCUGGAAACUUUGACUCUGUGAAACUUGUCUGAUUUUUGUUUUUAAAAAUAAAUAUAUUUUUGGAAAA